AUGGCUCGAACUGCGGCAUUAAAAACAGUUAUCGGAACGGAAUAUAAUAUAAAAAACUAUUUCAGAUUCUAUGAAGCGACUAAAUUCUCCGGACCUCCGCUUCCUCGCAAUGACGUUAUUGUGGCCGUAAACUGGACGGGUAUUUAUGUAGUAGACGAUCAGGAGCAUGUGCUGCUUGAAUUCAGCUAUCCCGAAAUCACGAAAGUGACACAUCAGAAAGGGUCGCGACCUGGUGCAGACGCCUGUGUUCUUCAAACGGUGUCCGGCGACGAGUACUCGUUCCAGUCCCCCAACGCUGAAGACAUAAAGGAAUUGGUGUCAACGUUUAUUGACGGUCUCAAGCAGCGAAGCAGAUAUGUCAUCGCAACGAAACGUCAAAAAGGAGACGAUUCGACCAAUUUGCUCGAAUUCGAAGUGGGUGAUCUGAUUGUUCUAAUGAAUACAACAACAGGCAAGGAUCUGCUCACAGAGAAACUAGUAAAGGGCGAAUGUGCUCGUACUUGCCUACAGGGUUAUGUUCAAACGGAGAACGUCUAUGUACUGGCCACACUCAUCAAGCCUAAUAUGAACACAUUGGUUAGUCGUCUAUUGUUUCGUAGGUCAAUUUUAGAAACACGCCCCGCGUCAAUUUGA